UGGCAACGGCAUCAUGGCCUCUUGGAAUCGCUACGGGAGUCGGAUGAGAGAGGCGAAAAUGUUAACGUUGGUGUUGCUGGUGUGGCUCCUGUCGGUGCUGGAGGCAGUGAAGGUGUCUCCUCUCAUAGAGAAAGUCAGUGACCACAAAGACUUCAAGAAGCUGCUCAGGACGAGAACAAACGUUCUGGUGCUCUACACAGAAACAGCUACAUCAGGGGACUCCCACCUGAAACUGCUUUCUGAUGUCGCCCAGACAGUGAAGGGCCAAGGGACUAUCGCCUGGGUCAACUGUGGAGAUUCAGAAGGCCGGAAGCUGUGUAAGAAAGUGAAGGUGGACCCGAGCUCCAAACGUGGAAGAGCAGAGCUGCUGCAUUACAAAGAUGGGACAUUCCACACAGAGUACAGCAGGCCUGCUACUUUCAAGUCGAUGGUAGCGUUUUUGAAAGACCCAUCGGGGCCCCCACUGUGGGAGGAGAACCCUGAGGCUAAAGAUGUCGUCCACAUAGAGACAGAAAAAGACUUCAGGAAGCUGCUGAAGAAAGAAGAGAGGCCGGUCCUCAUGAUGUUCUAUGCUCCCUGGUGCGGCGUUUGUAAGAGAAUGCAGCCCAUUUUUCAGCAAGCGGCCACGGAGACAAAAGGGAAAUAUGUCCUAGCAGGAAUGAAUGUGCACCCAGCUGAGUUCGACGGCCUCAAGCAGGAGUACAGCGUCAAAGGCUACCCAACCUUCUGCUACUUUGAGAAGGGGAAGUUCCUUCACCACUACGAGAACUACGGCGCCACAGCCAAGGACAUUGCAGACUGGUUGAAGAAUCCUCAGCCCCCCCAGCCGAAGACCCCUGAAGUCCCCUGGUCAGAGACAGACUCCGCGGUCUUCCACCUGUCCGAUGAGUCCUUUGACAGCUUCCUGGAGGAACAUCCUGCUGCCCUGGUCAUGUUUUACGCCCCUUGGUGUGGCCACUGCAAGAAAAUGAAGCCAGAGUACGAUGAAGCUGCCGAAAUACUCAACAAGGGUGCAGAUAGUCCGGGUGUUUUGGCAGCAAUGGAUGCCACGGUGCAUAAGGCUGUGUCGGAUCGCUUCAAGAUCUCUGGUUUCCCAACGGUUAAGUACUUCGAGAAAGGUGAAGAAAAGUACACGCUGCCACAGCUGCGAAACAAAGACAAGAUCAUCGAGUUCAUGCACAAUCCACAGGCGCCUCCUCCACCGGAGCAGUCUUGGGAGGAGAAACCCUCCAGCGUCAGCCAUCUUGGGUCGGAGGAUUUCCGAGAGGCUCUGAAGAAGAAAAAGCACGCUCUGGUCAUGUUCUACGCUCCCUGGUGUCCACACUGUAAAAACGCUGUCCCCCACUUCACCACCGCAGCAGAGCUCUUCAAAGAGGAUCGCAAGAUCGUGUACGCAGCUGUGGACUGCACUAAAGGACAGAACCACGAGCUUUGCAAGCAGGAAGGGGUGGAGGGCUACCCAACAUUCAACUACUACAACUAUGGCAAGUUUGUGGAGAAGUACAAUGGAGAUCGAGGGGAGGCAGGCUUCACGGGUUUCAUGCGCAGCCUAAGAGGACGCGACCAGGAGAAAGUUGUCAAGAGGAAGGAGGAGCUCUGAGAGAAGCAUGCGGGGUGUUGGGGGCGGCGUGGGGUGGGGUGGGGGGCAAUGCACUGUGACCCUUGAGACUGGCAAAGGGCCCUUUCAGCACUGACGGGGGAGACUCGACGACCUCAGCGAAAGGCUAUUUUUUUAUACCGUGGUGACUCCGUUUGUAAUAAUACCAGAGUACUUGCUGUCAGACCGACCACUUGAGACUCGUGUUUUUCACGGAUGUUCUGGUGGGCAGAAAAUACACAGACGAGGAAAAAAAAGAAAAAAGAAAAAAAGGUUUUCUUGUUUUUGCCCAACCACUGUGACUGAAUAUGUGAAAAGCUACACCCUAUACUGUAUCUAUGCAAUACUGCCCCAUGCUUAGCUCUGCAGGGGUUUGUGUGACUGUCAGACCACCAUGGUGGUGGGCCGGUGGUGGGCAUCAGUAUCUAAAGGUGGAGGUUGCACUGUCCCAAUGGGUCCUAAUCCAGCCCCAUCAACCCCGCUCUGUCUCUAAAAGAGACAAAUGCUGAUUAUUGACAUACACCUUUUGGUUUCAGUGAUUUGGGGUUUUUGGCUUUUUUUUUUGUUCUUCUUGUUCUUGUUGUUGUACAGAACCUUCACGUCUGCAGAGCAAUUUGAAAUAUUGAUUAUUUUUUCACAUCAUUUGGAAAGUAAUGGCAAUUUAACACCACCACUAAAAAAAAGAAGAGAAAAAAACCUAAAGCUUGUACAGUAAAAUGUGAGGUGCUCCAGUAAGUAGUGUAGGUUUGUUAAAUUGGUGAAAUCACAGCUAAAGGAUCAGUAUUCUGUGUGGGUAUGCACUAUCAUGAUUGAUUUUUGCUUUUAGAAAGGAGUUUUUGUUUGCCCCCAAACUGUGGCCUUACAGAUAUAAAAAUAUAAAAUGUCUGGAAUUGCAGAAAUAUAAUAAGUGGAAGAGAUUCAGAGGCCUGGUGCCCUUGUAACUCUCUCAUGAAAUGACCAAGUAAAGGAGAACGAGGGUGGGGGGAAAGGGAACACAACAGAACAUGAAAUGCCAAAUAUUACUGCAAGCUGCCCUUCAAAGUUUCACAGUUCAUACUUUUCCAAAUCUUAUUAUUAAUCUUAUCAUUCACAGCUGGAGUGACUUUUUACCUCUUGCUCCUUCAUUAAUUGUUAAUAAUGGGAGAGUUCAUUGACAGAAGCAUGGGAGAUGCUCACAUCUGGUGUCUGAAUAGUCCAUGUGAUCAACAAACAUCCAAAACAUGAGUCCUACCUCCGUCCACUGAAGUAAUCACAGAUUCCGCUCAAUAUCCCACAAUCCCCUCUGUAUUCACACUUUACUGGAAUAUUUCAGACCUCUGAUUUACACUUUGGGCAUUCAGUUUUUUUGUGUGUGUUUGUGUCUAUAACCAAUCUGAUGUUUCUGCCACUUCCUGUUUAACUGAAACUCACAGAGGAGUCGAGUGCGAAACGACAGCUCUACAAAUUCUUUCCUGUUUCCCUUCUGAGUGCGCGUCUACCUGCCGCGCCUCGGCCUGGAAUGGUUCGGCUUCAGUCAGCUUGGAUAGUGCUCUCCCAUGCCUUCCUUCAUAUUUAAAAUGGAUGACUUCACAAGACGCCCAAGGAAUAAUUAACUGUUAAGUGAAGUCUCCAGAGCCUCUUCCAGUUCUUGCAGCAUAACACCAUCAAUUCGGGGCCAGCGUCAUUACCUUCUGUGACGAGUUUUUUUUUCUUUCUUCCAUAAUUUCGUCCUGUUGUUUUUUUUCAGCUCCCUUGCUUCGGCCUCUAUAAAUAUUUAAAGUCUUAUCUGUAGCUGAACUUGUGUUUUAUUAUUCAAGACUUUGGUUUCUUUCAUUAUGAAUAAGGUUCUCAGGGAUAGCAAAACACAGUCAAAGGGAACUAGUUUGUUUUGUAAUUUAUCAUUCCAGCUGAAUAAUUUUAGAUCCUUAAGUCACCGAGGAUAAAACACAACACAAAUGAAUUGUCCUUCUUCCUGUCUUCUGUCACAACAGCUUGUGUUGAAUAAGAUGUUUGUCAGUGAACCAUUUUUUUCUUUUUUGGGAUUCUUGAUGAACGCUUUGCGUUUGAAACCGUUUCAAGUGUUCAGACUGUCGCCCGGCACACAGUGUUCAAUGUGAUUACUAUCAUUUCACCAUAUGCAAGAGCAUUUUGAAAAAAGUGCUUUAAACAGUUACGUGACAUAUCGUCGUAAUUACGUGUUCAUUCUUCUCUCGAUGAGAAGUCAUUACCUUUGAUUACUCUGAACAUUUGUUUGUGUUUGGCAGUUUCCACACUGACAUCAUUCGUUAGUUGAAUAAUAGAAAGACUUUAUUCCUUAUCCCAAAGGUAUUCGUGUUAUGUUGGACUUUUUCACACUUAUGCCAAGAAGUCAUUGUUGCCUUUGAUUUUAUUUCACUUUUCUGUGUCCAGCCAUAUGUACAGGUUCAAUCCUUGCAGUAAAGAAAAAAAAUAAAGCCAAACGUUUCCAAAAAGC